GUGUGUGUCAUAGAUUGCGCGUAGAGAUCCUGCACAGAGGAUGUGCGUUCUCUGCUGCCUCAAAAAAAAAUCAUUCUGGGAAAUCUGGUUGCCUCACAAGGCAGUGGCGUCACUUCCUUGCAUGACAAACACGCCGGGUGUCUUUAAAAAGUUGUACGGCGCUGAUCAUGAGCAGUCUGAAGUGUGUACGCGUCUGAAGCAUGAGAGGACAUGGCAGGAUCGCACCCGCCCUGGGUCCCCAGUCUCAGGACAACAACCUGUGUGUGUCACUGCUGGUCUUACUCCUGGUGUGUACGUGUGUGUCGAGGACUGAGGGUGUGUCGUGUUCCCAGACCUCCUGCUGCAACUCUCUCCAGAAAACCCUACAGCUCACACGCCUCCUGCACCGAGAGUCAACAGCACUGCUCAAGACAUAUAAAGCCAAUCAGGGCGAGGGGGUGGAGUUAAUCUGCCAGGCGCAAUCGGAGGGUGUCCCUGAGGCGACAGUGUCGGGUCAGGACUGGGCGGAGCGCCUGAUGGGCAUUCAUGUGAGGCUCCAGGAGUUCGUGCCCCACCUGCGACAUGUUGCCGAGCAACAGGCGGACCUGCAGCCGGUCGGCUCCCCACUGCUGAACACACUGGCACAGGUGCAGCUGCGCUGCCCCCACCUGUCCGGGAGGAUGCACUGCCUCCUGCAGCUGCUGCUCCCAAACAGCGUCCUCGAGCCCCCCGGCCCCACCGGCCAGCCCCCGCUGCCCCCCCUCAACUCCUUCCAGCAGAAGGCGUAUGGCUGCAACGUGCUCACCCGCUUCCGCGCCUUCCUCUUCAACAGCCAACGGGAGCUGAAAGCCCUCAGGGGCGUGGCCUGCAAACGACGGACAGAGCCACCCUCUUAUACGAUUGGGUUCCACAGACACUGAGCCCGCCCUUAACCACAGACUGACCUUUCCACACUGUUGCACUCUAUUUAUUUGGCGUUAUUUAUUGGAUAUUGAAUGGUAAUUAUGUGUAAUGUUUAAAUUAUAUUUGUAUGCUGUACCUGUAAAGCCUAGCUGGUCUGGGCUCUUCCUGAUGGAAGAAACAGCGGAAUGAUGUCCUGUCCUGCCUAUACUCCAUGAACACGUAGUGUUCACUUUAUCCGACACACACACAGCUAGCAGGCGAGAAUACACCAGUCUUUCUAGGAUUUGCCUUUUCUCUCUCUGCCUCUCUCUCCCUCAUACACACACACACACACACGAGUAACACCCUCAUACAACAGGUCCUGCCUUGAGAGUCAAGA